CGUUUGCAAUUUUAAGAAACGCUCAUUCUGCGUUUGCGUUUCAAGUCAUCAGCUGCUUUACGGUCUAGUUUGGAAAUCCCAGAAAACCCUAACAAACCUUCCUCGCUCGUUCGUCCACCUCUGAGUCAAGGUGCAAAGAGAGACGAAGAGACAUGGAGACGGAGAAAGACACGCUUUAUCAGAUAGAUGUCGGAAAUCUUAUGGCCUUCAAUCCAAACCACCGGUUUCCUUCUAUUCCUUCUUCAAGGGAUGAACUUGCAAAGGAAUGCGUUAAAGAGGGAACAAAGCUCGUUCAGGCAAUAGCUGACCGUCUUUUUAACUUGCCUUCUACCGAAACUGUUGAUGGUCCUCUCAUACCGUUGCCUCCGCCUACAACGAAACUUCCCCGGGAGAAGCAUCUUCCGAAGCCUAAGCCUCUUACAAAGUGGGAAGAAUUUGCUAAGAAGAAAGGUAUACAGAAACGCAAGAAAGACAAGGUUGUAUGGGAUGAGCAAACUGAUCAAUGGAAACGCCGACAUGGUUACGACCGUGUUAAUGAUGAUAAUGAUGUUCCUAUUAUUGAUGCAAAGCCCACGGAUGAACCAGGAGAAGAUCCUUUCGCUAAGAGACAGGGAGAGAAAAAAAAGAGAGUUGAAAAGCAAGAGAAGAACCGCUUGCAAAACUUGAAGGCAGCUUCGAAAAUCGGUGCUUUACCAAGCCAUGUCCGACUUGCUGCUACUGCGUUGCCCAUAACUGGAACACAGACUCAACCAAAGAAAGUUGGAAAAGAAGAACUGGGAAAUGCAGCUGGUUUGGCAGCUACUUCGACGGCUAGUGGUGGGAAAUUCGAUAAGAAAUUACCCGGAGAAAAGCCUCCUAAAAAGCUAGGCAAACAUCACAAGUAUUUGCCGGUCGUGGAAGGAUCUGGGAUGGGAUUGCAGGAGAAGGAACAGACAGAUAAAGUGCUUAGCAAGAUCAUCUCGAAACACUCCCAUGAGAUUCUCAACGUCGAUAAGGCCAUAAACAUGUAUAACGUGAAGAAGGAGAGAAGGAGACCAAAAAGCCAAGACAAGUUGAAACCUAAGAAAAGUAUCAACAAGAAGAAGGGUUCCUCCUCAAAGUCUGGAAAAGCCAAGUGAAGCUCUAUUGCUCUCUCUCUCUCUCUAUAUAUAUGCUUAUAUAGUUUGAGUGUAGGAGUCUUUGAUUUGAAAAAGAAGAAAGAAAAAUCCUUCAAUUUUGGGGUCCAAAGGUUUUGCUUAUGGGUGCUUUCAUUUGUUUGCAGUAUUAGUACUCAGAUCUCUACAAGUUUUGUUAUACUCAAUGUCUUGUUAGUUAUAUACAUUUCAAAAGAUAUAUGUAUUCAGACUUUAAUUUAUAAGAUUUCUUAAAGAGGCAAGGAAAGGAAGUUAAUGGCCACACAA